AAGAGUUUUUCAUGGAUGUAAUAUCACGUCAGUGCCGUCUCCGGACAUGGAGGUGAUGCUGAGCGCGGGCCUUUUCUGCCCGGAGACAAGCUCAUGGAAAAUCAGCUCUGAGGCGGAUCAUCUGAUCGUCCUCCUCGGUCCGCGUGCCAACGCCGCGUGCCACGCCGUAUCAAAGCGUCUGCCUCAGAACGAGACACUCUCCAACUUACGCCUCUCCUCCCCAAUCCCUCCUUCACCCCCAGAAUGCAAUAAAUGUCCAGCCAUCAUUUAUUUUAAUUCACUCCCCUCUCGCACAGAUGAAAUGGAUUCGUAACCUUGUAGGACAAGGACGUGCACGCCGUCCGCCGUCAGUUGCUGAGUUAUUCUCUAUUCUUCCAGCAUCGGCCGAAGGGAGAGCCAGGAGAAGGAGAGAGAAGGAGGCCCAAUGAUGAGGAGAAAUAGUCUGGCAUGCAAAUUACAGGCUGCCAUGUCCAAUGAGGAGGCCCGGCGGAGACUGUCGCCGUAGAAACACUGGACAGAGUUAACCACGCUGGAGGGGGGGCAGGACGACGAGAAGAGAAAGUUUGAUUUAUUCACCAGAUCAGGACACGAUGAGUGGAUUAUGGGUAGGCUAACGAGAAAGAGUGUUUAGGAGAUGGCUAAUUGAACGUGACGAAGGAGGAGGACGAGCGCCGGCUGUCAGCUGAGUGACGGCCUUAAAGCUGCUGUCAGGAAACACGUUUUCGAGGACGUUCAGAGACACUUCUGAACACACAGUUCCCUUCUACAACAGGAAAACUGAUACUGGAGAGGAUGGUCCUCCUGGAGCCGGUCCUGAUGGGAGUUUGACGUCCAUCAGAGCUGAGGAGCCCACUAGAGGGGAGUAUUUAACUACACGCAGGAUGUGUAAUAGUACACACUGCAAAAACACAAAACCUCACCAAGUAUUUUAUCUGGACGACGAAACAACUUAGAGUUCAGUGAGAUGUUGUUUUAUCUUGAACAUCUUCUUGAGUCAUUUAAUCUUUUUAAACAUGUUUUUCAAACUUUAUCUUAUUUUCUUAAUUAGAUAUUUUAUGGUUUUGUUUCAGGAAACAGAUUUGUUUGAUUUAAGGAAACUGAAAUGUGCCCAUAAAAAGUACGUCAUAAAAAAUAGAUAAAAAUAUGACAAUACAUGAUACAUUAAAUCAACCAUUUCUUUUAUUUUCAACUGUGGUUUGUGUAACAAAAUGGAAAAUAAAAUAAAAAAAUAGGAAGAUCCUUACAAACAUGCUUAAAAUUACAGAAAAAAUUGCAAUUUGAGAAGAAGAAUUCCCAAAAAACAUAAAAUAAAAUCAAUGAAAGGACUGGAGACUUUGGUCCAUCCAUUCCUGGACAUGUGAGACUUUAUGCAGGGAUCCAUGAUACGCAGAAAAAUGCAACAUAUUGAAAGUCAUGUAAACAUGCGAAAAUCCCCCAGCGAUAGUUCUCAGGGUUAAGAACAGCAGGACAUCAAUGUAACAAUUAACAUAAACAUUAUUAUUAACACUAAUUUAUCAUGAAAAUUGUGAAUCUAGAAUCAUUUUAAUUUGGUCUAAGAAUAAAAAUGGACUGAUAUAUCUGUGUUAUAACGUAGGAUAUAUUUUGGAGAACUUUUACAGCUAUUAUUUAAAUUGAUAGUCUUUUUUUAGCAAUACACACAAUUUACAUUUUUAUUUUCGAACAAGAACAAAAACAAGAACAAACAAACAAAAAGAAUCAAUGGAAAUUAUCCCACAAACAAUCUCAGACGUAACACGAAUGUUCAGUUUGGAAAAGAGUUCUGGAUGAAGCUAAAAGCUCAUCAAGUCCAAGCCCCUCCGCUCGUAUUCAGUGUAAAUUAAAUAUACAAAUAUCUCUUUAUCUCUACAGAAUAAUAUGAACACAAAACAAAAUCAAUUUGAUGAAAACAACAGCAGAAUAACACUUUUGUACAUCUAUAUAUACGCUUGCAUACAUAUUUACAUAUAACAAUCAAAGUGUUUUAUUAUUUUCUUCAUAUUUUUUAUCAUAUCACUCUUUAUGAAUCAUUUUAUUCAUGUAUUGAUCAUGUUUGAUGUCUUCAGUUAUUCUAUAACUGCAGAUUGAAAGAUUCCCAACUCACAAACUUAUUUUAAGACAGAAUAUUUCCAAUUAGCACCAAACCUAAAGAGUUUAUACCAAGAUUUAAUUUAGUCAGAAAAGAUCAGAACAAAACAUUUUUAAAUACAUUUUUUUAUCUUACAGUUUGUAUUUAUUAACUUGUUAAGGACGUUUCUUUAAGUGCAUCUGCAGAAAUUCUCUGUAUUUGUCUUUCAACUCAGAAACUUGACUUUUAAAGAGACAAAUCUUUAGUUCAUAUUUAUGUAGUAAGAAAAAGGAAAUUUCUGAAAAGAUAAACCUGAACUUCAUCUGAUUCUAGUUAUAAAUAUUCAUUUUGAAUGAAAAACUUUUUCUUUUUUAUUUUAUUGAUUCUUCACUCUUUUUUAAAGAGUACAUUUUCUGACUUACUAACUUUUACAUCAUUUUUUGGUUUAUUUAACCAUUUUUUGAGCGUCAAUAUUUAAAUGUAAGGUUUUCAUGUACAUAUUUCGUUGGAUUUUUCUAAAAUCAUGUUUGCAAACGCGUCCAGACACUGAGGAGACUCUAAGCUGUUGUGUUCUCAUCUGUUUGGACUUUUGAUUUCUGGACAUGAACUAUAAAAUCUGACUCAAACGAGCAGAAACCUCUUCAGAUCUGAUCCUAAAUUCUCUUUUUGCAUUUAGCAACAAUCUGGGCUGGACCUUUGAGGUCUGAAGCGGACUGGAGCUGAUGGUGGAAGGAGUUCUUUGGGGUGUCGGGUCACUCUUCUCUGAACCCUCCUGUAUAGCGCCCCCUGCUGGAGCAGCAUCAGCGCCUGGGAAGCUGGUCCCUCUGAGCGUCUACCAGUCUUCAUCUCACGAGUGCCUCAAACGCACGUCUGAAACGAGCCUGGACGCAAAUCGGAUUCAUGUUUGCGAGACGUCUCCUGAGGCGUUUCCACCUGUAAUGCGGUUUGCAGACGCACCAAAUGAGACAUCUCCACAGAGGAAGGCGUUUGUAUGCAAAUCUGAUGGAGGUCGGCCGUGCCGCCAUCACCGUGACCCCCCCAUGCAGCCGCUGCGUCCACCGCCAUGGAGAGGAAAACAUGGAAAUGAAAUUACUGAAGAAGGAAACAUGAGAACCCUCUAAACUGCAGCCACAGCGUCACCAAUUUAAAGAAACGCUUCCGAACCAGGAUGGACGAGUGAGCUCCAGCAUGAGAGGCUGCAGGAGUUCCUGACCCCUGACCCCAAACAGCACAGGGUGACGGUUGCUGACCAGAAUGCCCUCUGAUGACCGACACCUGACCUCCAGCUGCGGCUCCUUCGUGAAGACCGAACCCUCCAGCCCGUCCUCCUCUCUGGUGGACACCGGCAGCCACCACAGCCCCAGCGGCAACUCGGACGCCAGCGGCGGCUACAUCGGGCGCUCGCACGCGCUGGACUCCCCGCCCAUGUUCAACCCGGGCAUGCUGGGGGGCGGCGGCUCCUGUCUGCGCCGCUACGAGGACUGCCCCGGCAGCAUGGCGGACGACUCGCCCAUCAAGUGCGAGUACAUGCUCAACGCCAUCCCCAAGCGGCUGUGCCUGGUGUGCGGCGACAUCGCCUCGGGGUACCACUACGGGGUGGCGUCCUGCGAGGCCUGCAAAGCCUUCUUCAAAAGAACAAUACAAGGAAACAUCGAGUACAGCUGUCCGGCCACCAACGAGUGCGAGAUCACCAAGAGGCGGCGGAAGUCCUGCCAGGCCUGCCGCUUCAUGAAAUGCCUGAAAGUGGGGAUGCUGAAGGAAGGUGUACGUCUGGAUCGGGUGCGAGGGGGGAGACAGAAAUACAAACGACGGCUGGACUCUGAAAAUGGCGCCUACCUCACCCUCAGCAUCCCCCCGCCAGCCAAAAAGCCACUCACAAAGAUCGUCUCCCAUCUGCUGGUGGUGGAGCCGGAGAAGAUCUACGCCAUGCCCGACCCCACCGUGCCGGACGGGGACAUCAAGGCCUUGACCACCCUGUGCGACCUGGCCGACCGCGAGCUGGUGGUCAUCAUCGGCUGGGCCAAACAUAUCCCAGGCUUCUCCACGCUCUCCCUGGCCGACCAGAUGAGUCUGCUGCAGAGCGCCUGGAUGGAGAUCCUGGUGCUGAGCAUCGUCUUCCGCUCGCUGCCGUGCGAGGACGAGAUCGUGUACGCCGAGGACUACGUGGUGGACGAGGAGCAGGCCAGGAUCUCGGGCCUGCUGGACCUUCACGUCGCCAUCGUGCCGCUGGUGCGUCGGUACAAGAAGCUGCGCAUGGAGAAGGAGGAGUUCGUCAUGCUCAAAGCCAUCGCGCUCGCCAACUCCGACUCCAUGCACAUCGAGAACAUCGAGGCCGUCCAGCGGCUGCAGGACUCCCUGCACGAGGCCCUGCAGGACUUCGAGGGCUCCCAGCACCCCGAGGACCCGCGGCGGGUCGGCAAGCUGCUGAUGACGCUGCCGCUGCUGCGGCAGACCGCCACCAAGGCCGUGCAGCACUUCUACAGCAUCAAGAUGCAGGGCAAGGUCCCCAUGCACAAACUCUUCCUGGAGAUGCUGGAGGCCAAGGCUUGACAGGCGGCCCGGCGCCGGACGGACGGACGGACGCGGCAGGAAGUGGAGUGCCAACUGUGACAACAUGAAGCUUGAAAUCAGAAAUCCCAUAAAGAAGAUGAGUCUGUGGUCGUGUAAAUACGUGUACAGAACAUAGGAAACUGAGGUCUCACUAUAACCAGAGACGUGAAGGUCUGAAUCACCUGAAGAAUCUCAUCCGGAGGUUCAGAAACACUCCUGUGACUCUUUUCUAAUCUCAUGUAACCUUCGUCCUGUAUAUGCUUUUAAUUUGAAAGGAUUCCAGGUUUCCCAGAUUUCCCUCGGACUCAGCAAAGAUGGUCAAAUGUUUGCACUUUGCAUCCCAUAAUAAGAACAAUGUGAAGGAGGUCAGGAAAGUCCCGUUUUCUAGAAAAACGUUUCUCUGAAUCAAAGUUUAGGAACAUUUUAAGGAUUAUUUAAAAUAAGAAUUGAACUAAAUCAACACAAUUAAAGAUUUUUAAUCUAUCAAACAAACUUUUACUUUCAGGAAACCAACGUAAAAAUAUUUGCUUAAAUUUUGUUUUUUUAUUUGGUUUUAGGACAAGAAUAUAACAAAUAAAAUCAUUAUUUAAUUGGAACGUAUUUACUAAUAGUUUAUCGGACUAAUCUUUAGUUUCAUUAUUGAGACACAAUUUUAGCAACUUCUGUUGAUUUAAAGUCUGUUUAUACAAGCGUGCAGUAAAAAUAUAUUUAUUAUGCAGCUGCAUUAAAACUUCCAGUACUUUUUGAUCCUUUGUAGUACAAAUAUACCACAAUAGUUCGCAUAAAACUCAAAAAGUUUUAUUUUUGAGAUCAGUCGUCCUCUUGGUGAUUUUUUCUCUUCCUCCUUUGCAGCAGAAAAACUCACGUUUUCUAAUUUUGACUCAAAAAGUUUGUAAUUACAUUUAUUUUUAUCCAAUCUCGUCAGAAAUGAUGUUUGUUUUUACAAAUUUACAUUAUUUUUAAGCAGAAUUCCAGCAGGUUUUUCAUCCAGAAAAUAUAAAUGUGUUAAUAAAUUCAGAUUACAGGGUAAAACAAUCUGCUGGAAAAUGUAAAUUUAAACUGAACUUUUUAUGCCAGUUCAGACAAAAGGGAUUUAUCUUUAGCUUCUCUACAGCAAACUGAAUUAUAUUCUGGAUUACAUUAGUGACUGAAUGAAUCUCUUUAAUUUCACUUUAAAACUGACUUUUGCUCCAAUAAAUCUCAGCAAUAAUUUAUUUAACUCUGAAAAUCAUUGAUCAGAUAGUUGUGUGGUGCAGAAUCAACUAAAGAAUCCCUUGGGGAUUUAGGGAUGCUUCCCGUUGGAUGUGAAGUGCCUCUCUGUACUCAUCAGGAUGAAAGGAGGCGUUACCAUGACGACCGGCUGUACUUACAUAUAGACACACGGAGAGAGACCGUUUGGCUAAACUUGAAAUGGGAGAUUAAAGUAUAAAAACGGAUCAUUUUACCACAUUCAGAACAAUAAAUGAAUAAAUAAUUGGACCAUAAAGUAAAAUAUCAAUCAAAUACGGUUUAAAAACAAGUGAAUAUUUAUAUUUAAGAAUUUAAAACAAAUCAUUUAAUCUCAUAAAUUAUUGUGUCUUUUAUUAAAUGUUCUGAGUGACUUUGAGCUGAAAAUCUAUAAAAUC